AAUGAAAGCGGGCCAAUGACGGCCGACCUUAGAAGGCGAUCAGCAACAGGCCACCCCAUUGGCUGUGGUGGCGCCUUGGGCCUGUGCGCGCGAGUAGGGCGCCCUGUCGAGAGCCGGUGUGCGUGCGGUCUGCGCGCGGGCCUCCGAGCCGUCGGCGCGCGGGCCAUGGAGCCUCCGGCGGCGAAGGCAGAGUCGCUGCUGCUGCUCGCGCCGGUCACCGCCCUGGAGUGUGUGGGGGACCGAGUCCUAGCAGGUGAAGGGCCUAACCUACUAAUCUAUUGCUUGGAAACUGGCGGGCAGCUUGUAGUAACCCAGUUUGUGCCGAGUGUCCUCUGUCAUUAUUACAUCCAUGGCAUCAGGGAACUUCAGAGCCCAGCAUCUACGCAGGCAUCAGAGACGACCUUGGCUAUCUUUGGAAGCAAAGGCCUCCGUGUGCUGACAUUGAGCUGGGGAGAGGAGGCAGUGAAGCUGACGUGGCUGUCCCAGCUUUGUGAGCUUCAUGACUGGAUCUGGGAUCUUCACUGGGUCCAGGGCCCUGGAAAAGCCUCUUCUGCUCUGGCCCUGGCCCUGGGACAUAACUCAGUGGUCCUCUAUGACCACAUCCGUCAGCAGGUCUUGCAAGAAGUACAGUGUGAUGAGAUGUGUAUUAUCUAUUCUGCUUGCUUGGUGGGGAAGGACUGGCAGGAGCUGGUGCUGGUGGCUGGGACUGUCUUUAACCAGCUUGUGAUUUGGCACCCAGCUGAUUUCACCAGUGAGAAAAGAAGAGUCAAAGUAGAAAGAAGGAUAAGUGGGCACAGUGGGGUCAUCUUCAGUAUCUGCUACAUGGAGAGCAAAGGCCUUUUGGCCUCAGCCUCUGAUGACCGGAGUAUUCGGGUCUGGAGAGUGGGGGACCUGAGGGUCCCUCACAACUUAGUGCAGUGUAUCCUGGUGUGCUAUGGUCACCAGUCCAGGGUGUGGUCUGUCCAGCUCCUAGACAACUAUAUCAUUAGCAUUGGAGAGGAUUCUGCUUGCAUUGUAUGGAAUUACAUUGGUGAAAUAGUUCAGACCUUUAAAGGACACAAAGGUCGUAGCAUCAGAGCUGUGGCUGUCCACAAAACACAGGCCUGGGUGGUCACAGGCGGAGCUGAUUCUGGCAUUAGACUUUGGCCCCUUAAAGGGAACAAGCUUCUGGGCAGCAGUCUCUUACCACUCAGCUUUGGCUCAUUUACAAAGAAGGGAUCUCCAAAAGCCUUAACUUUAGUCAGUCCUUCAUGGCUUCUCGUGAUGACUGAUGUUGGAGCCAUUUAUCUUUAUGACUUGACAGUUAAACAGUGGAAGUUCAUCUUGGAUGAUAUCAAUUACCAGUCUUACAAUUUGCUGGAUGCAGUUCAGCUUCCUGGUGGCAGUGUGAUAUGUGCACUAGGGAACCUAGAGGGUCACAUUAAAAUAUUUCCCCUCCACUACCCACAAGAGGCAAAGGAACUGAAGAUUUAUAAGGGGAAAGUUCACGGCCUGAGCUGGGUCCCACGCCAGCCCUGGGAUCCAGGGAGGAAUGAUUUGUGCUGUGCUCUUUUUGCUUCUGGCCCAGAGGGUGUCUUAUUGUGGUUAGACGUCUCGUUCUGCCCUUUAGGAAGGGUGGACAAGGUGGUGGAGCAACGUCGCUAUAUCCUGCCCCUCUGCAAACAAAGAUGGCAUACCUGCCUCACCUUCUUACCCCAAGGGGACUUUCUCGUGUGUGGUGACCGCCGGGGCUCUCUGCUGUUGUUUCCCUGUGGAGCAGCCACUGCUGAACCAAGUGGGGAAGAGAUGGGAGGAAGGGAGAGCAGCAGCAGUGCUGACAGUGAUAAGGAUCAUGGGUCCGAUCAUUCUCUCACCCCUGAGGAGGGGGCCCCCGUUGACCUUCUGUUUGGGAUUCAUGGGAAGCAGGGUGUUACAUCAGUGACCUUCCACAGGGGUUAUGUUUACAGUACAGGCAGGGAUGGCUCCUUCCAGCAGCUCUGUGUGCAGGGCAAACGGCUCCAGCCACUAUGGAAACAAAAACCUUGCAAAGGCAUGGACUGGGUGGCUGGGCUCAGCUUUGCCAGUGAUGGAAACCUACUUGUCCUUGGCUUCCAUUCGACUGACUUUGUAGUCUGGAGCCCAAGGACCCAUGAGAAACUUCACAUAGUGCCCUGUGGUGGAGGCCACCGCUCCUGGGGCUAUGCCCGAACUUCAGCCACCAUGGUCUUUGCCUGCAUCAAGGCUGGAGAUGUCAUGGUGUAUCAGGCUCAGGAGGAGGGCAGCUGUUACCAAGCAGUCCUGAAGGAGUCCCUGCAUGGCCGAGAACUCACCUGUGUGAGGCAUGUUGGAGCUGUGAGGACUCAGGAGGGGGACAACACCAUAGACAUCCUGGUCACAAGCAGUGAAGACACAACCGUGAACAUCUUAGCUUUUGUAGCUGUUUCCUCCACAGUCUUUUUGCUUGCUACCAUCAAUAACCACAUCUCCAGUGUUCGGACCCUGACACUGUGUGGGGCAAAUACUAAUGGAGGAGAGCCACAGGCAAGACUCCAAAGCCUCCUUUUCUCUGCCGGCGGUAGGGCUGAGAUGCAAUGCUAUCAACUCCUGGUCACUGCAGACCUCAGCGCCCAGGCAGGACUUACCUGCCAGGUCACUCAUCUGAUUUCUCACCGGCUAGAUGAGCUCUGGGACCGCCAGAAGAACAAGCACAAGGUCAUCAAGAUGGAUCCUGAAACCAGGUACAUGUCCAUUGUUGUGGUGACCAGUGCUCAGCAGUCUAGUCUUGGCCUUGUCCUGGCUGCAGCCUGUAGUGAUGGAUCUGUGAGGCUCUUUCUCGUGGAUGAAUCAGCUCGGAAACUACAGCUCUUAGCGGAGUCCUUUUACCAUCAGCGCUGUGUCCUGAGGAUCCAGACAGUGACUUAUGAGGCAGAGACUGGAGCAAGUUGUGUGGUCCUGUGUAGUGCUGCCACGGAUGGAAGCAUUGCAUUCUGGGACAUCACUGCUACCUUAGAUCAUGCCCUUAUGGUCAUAAAAUCACCAGGAAGAAUGCAGCUGCCUUGUGGACUGCUGUCUUUGGGAUAUCUCUGGGCUUACCUCACCAAAGAAGAUCCUCACACUCCCCCUUCACUGUAUCGUCCGGUGCCCAGCCUGAGAGCCCCACGCUCAGCUGCCCUUUCUUUUUCAUGCAGACAGGCUUGAUUAUUCAGAAUUCUGUGCCAGAUGGGUGAGCAGGAAUUGCCAUCCUUUGAUCCUCCAUUCAUUGCCCCUGACUCCUGGUAGGAUGUGUUUGGACUAGCCAGACUAUGGGUGAACCACCAGAUCACUGGACUCAAACACCCACGGUAAAGAGCCAUGGGGCCAGGUACUGCAACCAGGUCUACAGUAAAUUCAGGGGCCACAAGGACGAGGUGGAUGUCGGCUCAUUGGCUGUGACUUAGAGAGGAUAGCUACCCCUGAAUAUUUUUGAUGAGCCUGCUGCUGUCCUGGAGAGCCAGUGUGAAGGAAAUGUAGGAGUCUUCCAGAAUGUGCACCUACCUCCCCCAGUGAGUGUCCAUUUAGAAAAGUGCUCUCCUGGCUUUCUCCCACAAGCGCUGAUUGCACAGUUGAGUUGGGAAAUGAAAAAGGCCAGGGCUGGGAGAGAACUUUGGCAGGCACGAGUAAGGUGAUAGGGGCUAUAGAUGAAAAUUGGAUAUGAAUUGUUAAAUCAGGAAACCCUGAAGGCACAGCUUUAGCCACAGUCUCUCCAGUAAGGUGACUUAAAAGAUGGUUGCUGAGAGAGACCGCUGGAGGAGAAAGGGAGACUUGGAAGUAUAUUCCCCUCCAUCCUCCAGCCCCCCACAUCAGGAGAACAAACCUUGGGCUUGCCUCUAUCUGUGAUGCCAAAUUCUUUUGUCCAUCCUUAUCUCUUGUAAGCAGAACUGUAAGCUCUUUUAAGGACAAGGACGAUUUUGUCUUCGUACUCCCAGCACCCAGUACACUGACUUGUGCACCUGUUAAAGCUUACUAAAUUGAAUUACUACUGGUGUCUCA